GUUAUAAAUACAGAUGAGGGAACUACCUCCAGAGUGACAUAGGCCGGCGAGAAUGCCACCCCUGUGCUCCAGUAUUUGGUUCUUGCUGCUCUCUGGAAUAAUAACUACAAGUAAAUCGUCAUUUUAUGAUGGAGUCGAGGAAUUGGACGAUGAAGUUAUUGUAAAUUGUGCAAAAGAAGCUAAGAAUCUGGUGGACACGGCAUAUAAAAACACACGCUUAAUCUUGAAAGAACGUUUGAGAACAAAGGAUGUGGGUGCUCGUGAGCUCAUGGCCUACUUCAAGCAGCCUGUAGCAACGAGCAGGAACUAUAUUCGUGCAGCUGAUUACAUGGGUACAACUCUGCAGCUCCUGGCGGAAAAAUUCAAAUAUGUUAGCAACAGGCCUUUCAAUAUCUCAGAUAUAUUAACAAAGCACCAGUUGGAUUCAAUCUUUAAGAUUUCAGGUUGUGAAGCUCAGUACCGCCCCAUGGCUUGUCAGGACAGUCCAUAUCGCACCAUUACUGGCACAUGUAAUAACAGGAGAAAUCCCACUCUUGGUGCUUCCAACACAGGCUUUACACGUUUACUACCUGCUGAGUAUGAAGAUGGCCUGUACCUUCCCCGUGGCUGGACCGAAAACCGUCCAAUCAAUGGAUUUCCUUUGCCUUUGGCACGUCAAGUAUCCAAUGAGAUUGUCAGAUUCAACACACAGGAAAUAACUUUGGACAAUGACCGCGCUCUCGCCUUUAUGCAAUGGGGGCAAUGGACCGAUCACGACCUUGACCUGUCCCCUGAAACCCCGGCAAGAUCCACAUUCCUGGAAGGGAUUGACUGUGACACCAACUGUGCCCGGGAGCCCCCCUGCUUUCCUCUCAAGAUCCCAGCAAAUGACCCUCGCAUCACAAAUCGCAGUGACUGUCUUCCAAUGUUUCGCUCAUCCCCUGUGUGUACACCAGGAUCCCCAGUUCGAGAGCAGAUAAAUAUACUCACUUCAUUCGUUGAUGGAAGCCAAGUAUAUGGUAGCGAUGUUGCACUGGGUAAUAAACUUCGGAAUAACACCAACCAGCUGGGCCUUAUGGCCAUUAACCAGAAUUUCACAGACAAUGGCCUUGCAUAUCUGCCCUUUGAAACUGCUGUGGAAGACUUUUGUGUCUUGACAAACAAAUCAUCAGGAAUUCCCUGCUUUCUGGGAGGAGAUCCUCGUGUCAGUGAACAGCCUGGGCUUACUGCUUACCAUACUCUAUUUGUUCGAGAACACAACCGUUUAGCAACAGAGCUACGCAGAUUGAACCCUGGCUGGUCUGGAGAGACUCUAUAUCAAGAAGCCAGGAAAAUUGUAGGGGGGAUUCUGCAGAAAAUAACUUAUAAAGACUGGUUGCCUUUACUGCUGGGAUCAGAAAUGCCGCGAGUCCUCCCAAGAUACAGAGGAUACAAUGAGUCUGUGGAUCCAAGAGUAGCCAAUGUUUUUACCAUUGUGUUCCGUAUGGGCCAUACUCUGAUACAGCCUACCAUCUACCGCCUCGCCGAUGGUUAUCGCCCUUAUGCGCCAGAACCAGAGACCCCACUUCAUAUGACUUUCUUCAACAGCUGGAGAGUGGUCAGACAAGGGGGGAUUGAUCCUCUGCUUCGUGGGCUCAUGUUUAACCGAGCAAAACUUAACCGUCAGAACCAGCUGGUGGUAGAUGAAUUAAGAGAUAGACUGUUCAAGCUUUUCAAACGACUUGGUUUCGAUUUAACAGCCCUCAACAUGCAAAGAGGCAGAGAACAUGGAGUGCCAGGAUACAAUGCAUACCGGAGGUUUUGUGGACUUUCUGCUCCACGUAAUAUGCAGGAGUUGGCUGCUGUGCUGAAUAACAGAGAACUAGCUCAAAAAUUCAUAGAUCUUUAUCGCACUCCCGAAAAUAUUGACAUCUGGACUGGAGGGGUUGCUGAACAACUGGUCCCCAAUGGCAGAAUUGGGAGGUUACUUACCUGUCUGAUUGGAAACCAGUUACGGAGGGCCCGAGAUGGAGAUCGAUUUUAUUAUGAGAACCCUGGGGUAUUCACGGAAAAUCAGAGAAACGCAAUAGAAAGGGUUUCUUUUGCACGUGUCAUCUGUGAAAACACCAGAAUUACAGAGGUCCCCCGAAAUGUCUUUUUGGGAAACCGGUAUCCUCGGGAUUUUGUAAGAUGUUCCAGCAUUCCAGCUCUGGAUCUAAGACCAUGGAGAAAUCCCUAAUGUAUCAACUUCAUCUAUUCUGAAAUCAAAACCUGACUUGAAAGACAUAGCUGCUUCGAGGAGAGCAAAUACCCUACAAUCUCCUGCUUAGAUCAACUGCCUUUAUGUCAACUUUUACUAUGAAAAUUAAACAUUAUAAUAGCAAUGUUUCUUAUGAAUAAAGUAAUUGCUCCAAGUUUGUUGCUAGACAUGUUUACUCAUUAAGGAUGGUUAUUUUACAUUUAUUUUUAUUAGAUGAAGAGUGAUUUUUACUUAUAUGUUACCAGCCUCCCUGGCGAUAAAGAAAGCUGCACAUAAAGCCCCUCUGACAUGAUUCUUUGGGUGGUGUCAUGGGUAGGGAUCAAAUUUUAAGUGCCCAUAUUGCAUAUAUGACCCAACCACCUCAAUGCAAUGGGCAUAGGUUAAUAUUAGUUUUUUAAAGCCCUCAUAUUACAUACUUUUUGUAUAUCUAAAGGGCAUUGUACAAUCACUUUAAAAAAGUAUAUAGUUAAGGCUGAAGGCAAGGCUGGAGUUCAGCUUUAACUGUACACUCUCUACAUGGUUUUAUGGCUUUUUCUUAAAAUAAUGUGGAUAAUGUGUUUACAGCAUGUCCCACCUCUACCAACGCUACUUUUAUCCACCCAAAUCUUGAACGUCAGCCAUCUGCUGAAGCCCAGGAGCACACCCUUGCUCCAUACUGCACUUGAAUUCAAGAAAACAAGCUGCACACUGAUGACAUCUUGGAAAUCCAAUUUGUUUAUUAGAGUAGCUUGUAGCACACACUGUGAGCCUUCCACUCCAGGCCCCACCUCCAACACAUUUCACUUGUAACUGGAACAGACAAACAGUUUCCUCUGUCUCCAUGAUUAAGUCCAGUUACAGGUUAAACUCUUUAAAGGUGUGGCCUGAGGUGGAAGGCUCUCAGUGUAUGCUGGAAGCUACAUGCUUGUCUAAUAAACAAAUUGGACUUCCAAAAUGUCAUUGGUGUGUGGCCCAUGUGUACGUUUCGUGUUCAUGGGGUACAACAGGGUCAGUGGAGGAACUACCAGGGUCACAAAAGUCACCACUAUGGGGGGGAAACGGUCAGAGACAGCAGGAAGGGCACCCCCCCUCCCCGGAUAGAUGUAGAAAACGUCCAUGAGGUAAAACGACACUGCUUGAGGCGGACACUGUUUGCUACACUGAGUGGGUCCCCCUAUUCUGGCUUCAGGAUUGCCAGCUGUUUCAGCUUCAUACAGCCCUGCCUGCCUAUGUACACAUCUCAGGUCCUUCCAUCCAUGCUGAUAUAGAGCUGCUUGAAUGUGAAGUGUGCUAUAUUUUUUGCACCAAUAACUACUUUUAAUUUUUAAUGUGAUCAGGCCAUCCUGUCUUUUUGUUUUUGAUAAAGAGCCCCCGGGACCAGGCUUGAAGAAGAGGGACCAAUGACUGAUGGAAAGGGGCUAGGGGGGGUUUUCAGGGAAAUCCUUCAAGGUUUCUUAGGCCAGGGCCCCGAAUGUUCUAGCUACGUCUCUGAACAGAGUUAUAUAAUAUGCUGCUUUAAUGUGAUAUUUUGGCUUGCUUAUAGCAUCAAUGUAAACGAGUGUUUAGUUGACAUGUUCAAUGUAUAAGAAAGGAACAGUUUUUUUUUUUUUAAUCAGUAGAUUUUUGUUUAAUCCAAAGGAAAGAGACACAACUCUGAGCCUUGCAUCUUGCCUCACACCUUCACUGCAUUGUUCGGAAAUAAUCCUUUUUCCAAGGAUACUUAAAUUACUGGCACUCCAGCAUCUCCUCCAGAAUUCCUUUUUAAAAGGCUGCAGUGAUCGUAGUUUAUUAACUUUAGAUUUUUGUUUAAGCUCUUUUAUUUUCUUUAAAAUAUCUGCACUGAUUUAGCAAAUCAUUGCCUGCUAAUUGUGAUAUAUUGCACACUUGUAUAUGCAUAUUACUAGCAAGCCAGUGAUCCAUAAUUAUGCAAUAUUUUACAUGAAGACUAAAGUGUAUUUAUAGCCACAACCUUUUUUUUUAAGUUUUGGAAAGCAUUAGAACCCCUGUUAAGUUUGUACUGCUAUCUGUGUCCUCGCUGGGGAGAUUCACCCUUUUGCUUGUCCUAGUGAGAUACACAAUGUUAUAGGAAAUCCACAAUUUUGUAGAACAAGAAAUGAGAGAAAAUCUUCCAGUUGGGACACUUGUUUGAAUGACAGCUGUGGGGAAUUCCCUGCACUUUCCAGUGAUAUCCUCUUGGUUCCUCUUUUGCCUACAGGACACAAGUGAAUGGAAAUCUCCCAACGAAAUAGAGAGCAAAAAAUAAUCGGGUUUUGAUCUUACCCUACACCAGCCGUUCUCAACCAGGGUUCCAUGUAACAAUAGGGUUCCUCCAGGGGUGGCUAAGGGUUCCUUGAACUGUGGCUAACUGACCUUCCAUGUGAUAGUACCUGCAUAGUUAAAGGUCCAACCCCACUUGGCAGAGCCAGUGGAAUGAUUGCAAGGUUGUCAUUCUGGUCACCCCUGUAAAGGAAGCAUUCUUCCCAUUUACCACCACCAAUAUAAGAGGCCUUUUGCCAAUGACCUAUGGACUAAUCUUACCAGGGGUUCUAGAAAUUAUUUCAAUGUUUUUUUGAGAAAGGCUGUCCUACACUGUUAAGAGUAAAAACAAUGUUUUGCCUAUACAUUUAAUAAAAUGUCCUACUGGUUUUACCUGUAAGUAUAAACAUUAAUAAAAAUCUAAAAGUUAAAAAGA